AUGCCAAUACAAAGUGUUAAUAUCACAGUGACUCAGACAAAUAUCAAUUUUAGCAGAUCUCUUUCUAACUUCGUAGAUCUUGAAUUAGAUGAUAGUGCUUCUCAAGAGCUGUCUUCAGAAUUUUUAGAAAAAAUUAAUGAGAAUAAUAAUAUAAACAGACUUCUUUAUACUUUAGAUGAAGUGCAAGAACUCAUUGCUAAGCAGUUUCAAGAUAUAGAAGAUUCGGAUGAACUAGUAAAAUUAAUCUUUGAAAUUGAGUUAGAUUCAAAGCUUAUUGAAAGUGUUUUUUUAAAUCAGGAAUUUCAAUUUGAUAUACAAGACCCAAAAGCAAUUAAAAAAA